AUGUAUGCUCCAAACUUGGUCCUUCAGUCCACUUACCCAUCCGUCCUUUCACGGUCAAAUUUCGAGUCCGCUCAAUGCGCCCAAAUCCUGUUGAACCUGUUUCCAACAUCAAUCAACUCGCAAUCACAACAAAACGAAUCACACAAUAAGAUGGAUUUGAGACCCUUAUUUGAUAAUAACAGCACAUUUGUGCAGUGCUUUCGACUCCUCCGAGAACUCUGUAUUGACAAAGGCUCUCUCAAAGCCUUCCACACUAACUUUCCACGGAUCUGGGAAGAGGGGCAAGAGGUUCCCAGUGAAUCCUGGCCACCUCUUUUGCAUGAAAAUCCACAUGGAAAACUCAUCACUCUUGCUUGGAGAAUCAUUACCAGGUCAUACUCAGCAAUGGACGCAGGAUGGAAUGCACAAGGCGGAAACUUACCAGAAGAUCAAUACCCAAGAUACGAUAAGGGACUUUUUCAGGACAUAAUUUAUAGAGAAGUUGAAGGUGGGACAGAGUUAAGAUCAGUGCAUCAACCUGGUGGAGACGCCAAAGCUUGGGUAUUUCAACAGUCAACGAACUUGACUGUAUUUUCCACCGUGAAGUCAAUUUACUCAGGGGAGGUUGAAAUCACAUCCACACUGAAGACAGAUGAUUAUAUGGUUGGAACAGAGGCAACUGUAAAUUCAUCAUGGUGGACCAUGAAAAGUACUGCUGAUGGUAGUGAAUAUACGCGUCUUAAAGGCGAAGUACAAAUAGCUGAGCAAUAUGUCCCCAAUAAUCAAACUUUCAUUCAACUCAGGGUAUCACAUGAUCUAAUCACUGACUCUUGGACAGCUCAUAUGUGGGGGCAGGAGAGGGGUUUGUGGUGGAGAAUUUAUCCUAAUGGAGAAGAACGAUGGGGUGAUAGUCGGGGUGGAGAUCCACCGCUGUCUGGGGAUGACUUGACUGAGACAGGACUUGAUAGGGAUCCCAGUAUCAUCUCUGCAGGCCACGAGAUCAUCGCAGCUUGGCCUCUUGUUUCUGACUAUCCCAGUCAGUGGAAAUCCUGA